AUGGCUCAGCUGGGGAUGCAGCAGUGGGCCAUGGUUGACGCAAUCAGCAUUGCUUAUGUGAUGGUCUCGAGCACAAGACAGAGACGCAGGCAGGCCAGUGAAGGCGAUCCGUUGGACUGGGGCAUCAAAGAGAGAGAACGGGAGCCUAUCAGAGGAGACGGCGAGGCUCGAAUCUGGACCUUUGCUGGAGCAUUCAGUGAUCAGUUCCAGAUUUGA